AACAGGUGUCCAGUUGCAGCAAAGAAGAAAAAGACAGAGCCCGAGCCUCCACCACCAGAACCAGAGCCUGUUAAAAGGAUGAAGCGGUUGUCGAGGAAACGAGGUGCCCCGCCCAGUAGUCAGGAGGAGACGGUAGCAUCUGUGGCAGAGGAAGGUCCAACCAGCGCCAAGGUGAUGGCUUUGAACCCAGACACAGACGAUGCAAACUCCAUCUCGAGUCAGGAUGAAGACGUGCAAGCAAAAUGUAGCCGUAGAGCAAUCGUCAACCUCCAGAGACUGAUUGAUAAUGUCACAGAGGAGAUCAGACAUGAGAAGGAACAGGAGGAAGGAGGGGAUGGGAAAGAAGAAGAAGAAGAAGGGGCACAGAAGAGUGAAGAUGUUGCUGUGCCGAAGGAUACUGAGAAAGAUGAGGUGGAUGAUGAGGAGAAAGCAGGAGAGCAUGAAGAAGGGGAUGGGGGGAAAGAAAGUGAACAAAUGGAAGUAGAAGAGGAAGAAGAGCAAGAAGAGGAGCAACAAGACAAUGAUACUGCAGUGGAAGAUGAGAGCGAAGUGACAGAAGAACAGGUGGAUGAAAAGGAAGAGCCUCAGGAAGGAGAGGAAGAAUGGGCAGGGGAACAAGAUAAGAUGGAUUCUAUAGUUGAUACGGAGGAGAGUGUUGUUGAAGAAGAAGAGGAGGAGGAGAAGGAGGAUUCUUCUGUUACAGAUGCAGAGACAUGUGCUCCGCCUAAGCUCCAUAAGGAGUUGGCGUUUCUCAAUCAGGACAUGCCAGUCUUGGAAACUGCUCCUGACCUCGUCGGAAGCAGUUCUACAACUGGUGAAGACUGUAAAAGUGGGACCGGUGAAGUGGGAGGAAAUCUGCAGGUUGAAGUAAAGCGUGAAGGAACACACGAUGGAGCAGAGGAGGAGGAAGCAUAUGGAGAUGCCCCAUCCUUGGUCAUAGAUGAACAGUUGUCCUCCAGAAAUUCAUCCAAAAUGGACGAGGACGACAAUGGGUUGCCCUUGCACCUGCGAGUUCUCAGUGAACAACUCUCUCAAGAACUUGAAGAAACUCGCAAGAAACAGACAGUGGGGCCAGCCCCAGCGAGUUCCGUGCGAUCGCUCUCCCCUGCUGAAACCCCUCAGGAGAGCCUACCAACCCCCUUAUCCAGUGCAAUUGUGUCAACUCCACCCGCAGAACAAGAGCAGGAGGAGGAAGAAGAGGAGGAGCUUCCGCCCCCAUCACCACCACCUAGCAAUGAAAGCAUUCCAGAGAGAGACUUCUCAAACACCAGCAAUCUUGAUCUCUCACAUGACACUAUGGACAUGCUCCCAAUGAAGAUCAAGCAGGAGGUGAUUGAUCCCUUAGAGGACAGUGAUAUCGAUAUGACACCUGAAGAUCACAUGAUGUCCCAACUGACUGGAGAACAUCGACGGGCACCUCCCCCUGUUGUACCUGUUACUGCUGCAUCAGCUGCAGCAGCCACAGCCAGUUUGCCGGCACCUCCUGGGCUGAACUCGGUUGAGUGUAGCAAGUGUCCCACACCAGGAUGUGAUGGAACAGGGCACGUUACUGGGUUGUACAGUCAUCACAGGAGCUUAUCUGGAUGCCCUCACAAAGAGAAAAUUCCUCACCAGUUACUACAAUUACAUGAACAUGUUCUAAAGUGUCCAACUCCUGGAUGUUCAGGCAGAGGCCAUGUCAAUAGUAACAGAAAUUCACAUCGCAGUUUAUCAGGUUGUCCUAAAGCAGCUGCUGAGAAGUUAGCCAUGAUGCACCAGGGCCCGCCUCCAACGCCUAAAUAUUCAAAUGAUACCAGACUCAUGGGGAAACCGAUGUACUGCUUGCAAGAAAUGGAAUCCAUGAACAGUGCGACAACCAUUAGCUCCACCACAACUCCACGUUCUACUCCGUCAGAGAAGGUCAGCGCAAAGCCUUUCUCGAUAGAUUCUUUCAUGGCAUUCAACCCUGCCACAGGACUCUACACAGCGACCGGUAGCCACAAGCGCAUAGCUCCCAAGGUCAUAUCAGCUGCCGAGCUCAUGCCACCCAGUAAGCGUCCUGCGAUGCCUAACGACGGAACGGUGGACAAUCGGGAGGCUACACUUGCAGCAGCGGCGAUUAACCUAUCCUUGAAGACCAUGCCAGGCAUGAUGCCCCAUCUGGCCAUACCCAUGCAGUUCCCGCCGCCGAUGACGCCACCAAGCUCGGUGCAGCAACAGCCUUUAGACCUGGUGAAGAUUGACAGCAACGGCACCUUAGACCUGAGCAUGAAAUCCACCAAGAUGGACAGCCAACAUCAGCCAGCUGCAACGGCCCUUUCUCAUCUCCCUGGCCCUAUGACUGCCAACACACCGCCGCCACAGUCCUCUCUCCCCCUGUCCACCCAAUCGAGCUUGGUCCAGCUGUCCAUCCCGCAGCCCAUCAUGCCAAACCCUGUCUACACUGGAAGCUAUUCCUUCCCACCCAUGUCUCCGAUGGUCCAGACAACCACGUCUAACAACUCGCCAACGAUCCUCCAGAUCCCAAGGUCUUACGAUCAAGCUGUGGACUUCUCCGCCCCCAAGAAGCCGCAGUACCCCCUCCUCACCAGUUUCCCCCAUACUCCAUUAAGUGCACCCCUGACGCCUCUCACCAGUUCCUUGGUGUCUCUCCCCGGGUCGUUGCCCUGCAACGUUCCUCUCACCUCUGGGGGAGGUAUCCUCACCCCCAUCGCUCCGAAUGCCGUGGUGUCGACUGGUGGAAACGUAUCGCUGACCGGUUUCGGGAAAGACGAACCAUCCAGUCCUAUGAAAAAACAAAACAAAAUGAGCUUUGUUCCUAAAGCUCUGUUUGAGCCGCGGCGGGAGCCUCUAAGCUGCCCUACCCCCGGAUGCGAUGGAUCGGGCCAUAUAACAGGGAACUAUACAUCCCAUAGGAGCUUGUCUGGUUGCCCGAUGGCAGAUAAAUCCACUAUUAUCCCCGGAACCCAAGAAUUAAAGUGCCCCACCCCUGGUUGUGAUGGAUCAGGUCAUGCCACCGGUAACUACUCCUCACAUCGUAGUCUAUCCGGGUGUCCCAGGGCCAAGAAGAAGAGUUACACAUCCUCACCAAAGAAAGAAGGAGAAGAAGAAGGGGACGGGCUCAUCAACAGGUGCCCCAUACCAGGCUGCGACGGUUCCGGUCAUGUCACAGGGAAGUACGCCUCUCAUCGGAGCGCGUCGGGAUGCCCGCGAGCCCUCCGAGCAGGCUACCAGGGACCCAUGCAAACGGCGCCCAAGGAAAACCCAAUGGCACCCUCUCCCUCGCCUCAGAAUGGAGUCGGUGGGAUGGGCGUGAUGGGGAAUGGGGGCUUGAUGAUGGGCGUGGUCGGUACUGGAGGUUGUGGUAUGAGCGGUAUCACCGAUGCUGUAUUACCCCUGAAUCUUCUGAAGCCUAACAUGAUGGGUGAGGGUAACAUCAUGUCCAUGUCACCGGUGGUGGAGGAACAGGAACAUGAGGAGCAGCUGGUAGGACCAAGCUGCCCAACCCCGUCAUGUGAUGGAUCAGGUCAUGUGAACGGGGCUUCGUUGGACCAUCGUAGCAUCUCGGGGUGUCCGUUAGCUGCUCAGGCCAUGAAGAAAGCAAGGCUAAAUGGAGAAGACAUCACAUCACUAUCACACAAAAAUGUCAAGGGAGUUGAGAACGAUGAGGAGCUAUGGAACUUAGACAUCGAGAUCAACGAGCUGCAAUCAAGCAAUUGCCAGAUGGAAGCCCAGAUGAGACGGUUGAAGACCCAGAUCUCUACCAUGGAAACCAAACUCCGUCAGGCGGAGCAGGAGCAUAGAGCCAUGGAGGAGAAACAUCGUUCUCUGACCAUGCAGCUUGACGGACUACGUAACACGCUCAUCAGGCACCUGUCCGAUGUCAAGAGCGUUGCUAUGAGCGGCGGUCGUGAGGCCAGCCUGCUCGGUCCUAGCUACGAACGUAUGGAACAGUUCCUAGCGAGUCUCAAAGAACUGGAUAAUGAUGCCAAGGACAUGGUGAUGAUCAACGGGGGAUUGUCUGUCAGAGAGUCGUCAGCAGCCUCUUCCUUUCAGUCGGCAACGCCUCCUCCUUCAUUAGGGUCAUCAUCGCCCAGGCUGGAGUCGGUGGAGAAUACGCCUCUCACGCCCCCUCCACAAGCGGUAGACCUAACACCCCCUCUGAGUAAUGGUAUCAUCCACCAUUCAGAUCAGCCUAUUUCAACACCAGGGGUGGUUCGAACCAAUGUGGUGCCCGUCACAUGAAGGACUUAAUUAUGACUUGCUGCUCCUUAGAAUACCACAAGUACUUGCACCCUUGUUUGGAGAUAUUGGAGUAGCUCCAAGAGUUAUCGCUCCAAUACUAUGUUCUUUUAUUUAAAUGCUGCCCUUCAAUUUAAAAAAGGACCGAAGUGAUAUCAAUCAAAUUUGAUUAGUUGAUAUUUAAUGUCUUACCUUGUGGGCCCAAUUUUAUGCAUGAGCACUCAUCCUGCUUGGAGAAAUGCCAGGCAAGCCAUCACGGUAGUGCAUUGACGUCAAUUGUGAGAAAUAUCGUGCUUGUCACUUGCCUCCUUUUGCGACUGUAAGGCAUCGUGGAUUUAGAUGCUUAGAAAGCGGGUGAUUUUAUUCCAUGUACAUAAUCUGCCUGUAGCCUCCUUAAAGGAGUGUUAUGGGUUAAUUUAUUGACUGUACUUUAUGCAUCAUUUGUAAAUACAUGUAGCUCAUAUCAUCAGUUAAACUGAAAAUAAUUGAAAUUACCUUGAUGCGGAAAUAGGUUUUAAGGAAUUUUCUUUGUUGUCGUUGUUGCCCAUGAAAUAAUGCUUUUCCAAUUGUAAAUCAAAUUGUAAAUAGGCAUUAUUUCAUACACUGGGAAAUGUCUAGUGCUCGUUAAAUGAACUGAGUGAAUGAAUAUUCCUAUUUUAAUUGAAUCAACUUUAAAGAUGUUUCAAAUUCAAUUGUAUGAAAAAUAAAGAUCAAUCAGCAUUCAUAUGUACUAUGUUUGAGGCAGAUUGAUGUUUUAAUCAUACAGGAUGAUUAUUGUUUGGUUAGAUAAUUGAGACACUUGAAGUAGUUUAGCAUCACAGAGGCAAAAUUAGGGAAAUUCAAUCCAGAAAACCAUGGUUCAUUUAUCAUAGCCAAAGUAUUGCCCUUUUUUUUCUUUAUCUGAACAUUAAAAAAUAUUUCUAGUAAAAAGCUGAGACAAGUUUAUUCCUUAUAGUGAAAAUAGCACCAUAAUGUUUUAAAAAUUGUAUGUCUUGUGAAAAUCAUUUUUUAAUGUUUUGGUGAUGAAAUUGAAACAACUUUUUGAAUGGCUGAGGAGCUCAGUUGGUAUAGUAACUCAUUGAAAUGAAAUUCUCUUAUGGAUGGUAAACUAGAGGCUAUGAUUACAUUUGAUUUUUUUGUCUUCAUACAAAUCAGUUACAGUAUGCAACACAAUAUUACUGCCAAAUAUUAAUCAACUUGUAAUGUUUUUAUGUAGAAAUUGACAAUGUUGUUCAUAACUUAAAACUCAAUUGUACUAAUUCUACAUCACAUAUUGUCAGAAAUUGCAUAUUGUGGUAUAUUGUUCUUUUUGUUAGGAACUUUGUCAGAAGUCUUUGCGGCGUCUUGGCAGGAAUCCUGCCAUGUAGGCACUAUGCAUCUUCUCAUCGGAGCCUUCCGGUAUUUCCUCAUUGUUUUGUCCAUGAUGAAAUGUAAGAAUUGGUGAUUCAAAGCAGCUUACACGGGGUUCUCACAGGAAAUACACUGCUCUGACUUUUGAUGAUGCACUUGAUACCCAUAGUGGAUAAAAUUUAUGAAUGAUCAGUAGUUAAAAAUUGCAUAAAUUCAUAUUUUAACUCCUACUGUUGUGAGAUUGAGUUUCUUCAUUUUCUUCUGUUGUGAAUUUGAGGAAGAUCAUGAACAUUGCAUGAGAAUUGAAAGUACUAUUUCUGUGAAAAAUGAUAUUACUCAUGAUUGUGUAUUUGGUGUAAUUGAAGCUCAUGGUAGUAUUAACAAAAAAGUACUAGUUUUGUAGAGCAAGGCAAUUAUUUUUUUUUUAAAGGAACAUUGUAUUCAGUGAUUGUGUACAAUACAUGUAUGAAGUUUAACCAAAAGAAGCAAAUACAGCUUUAGAUUCUCACUAGUUCUUAACAAAGUAUAUACUUUGAUAAUUGGCAGAGUAAAAGAAUUUUGGCAAAACUACAUCUACAUGUACAUGUAGAUAAUAUUUUUGUGUUAGUUUUCGAGAAGUUCAAUCUGUGUUAGUUUUAUGAAAAUCUAAUUGUAAAUGCUCAUUUGUAUCCCUUCAAGAAAAACAUCUGGACAUGUUUGUCAUUAGUUUGAAUGAUUUGUAAGUGAGAUUUAGUUUUUAAACAGAAAAUGACAUCACAGUAUACAUGUAUUACCCUGUGGGAGGUCAGGAGGGGUGCAGUUUUUACACUUGGGUACAUAUUUUAAUCUUCUCCCGUUAUUCAAAAGGAGUGCAUGAAUUUGCAAGUUUAAUCCAUUCUGGAAUGAUGUAUUUCUGUACUUUUGCAAACUUAGCAGGUCUGUUAAUGUUUCCUUCUAUAAUAAAGAACUUAUUUGUCAAAGUUAUUAUUACCUGAUAAAUCUAGCCUCCCAAUAGAAAAUAAAAAUGCAUUACAAUUUUUUAAUUGAUGUUCAUAAUGAUGUAGUUACAUGCCCCCUUUUAAUUAGUGUUUAACAUUGAUGUAUGUAUAUUUUGGCGAUAAACAAUUAUUUGAUUGGUAUUCCCUUCUUGCAUUAUAUACAUGUAGGUUAGUAAGCCAAUGGGAUUGAUGCAAGAAUGAGAAAGCAUGUUAGCGCCAAAAGGGCUUUAUGGCAAUACAAUGUACAGUGUCCCCAUUGAUGUUUGGUAGAAGAGGGUCUUAUAUCUUUUGUUGAGUCUUAGGAGUUUUGAUGUGAGUGCAAGGUAUAUCUGGCCACCCCAGUAAUCGGGACUGAACCAGAUAGAGGGCGCUACACAGAUGCCAUUUCUACUGAUGUGUUUUGUUUGAGAUAAUCACUUUCAACUUUGUGCAAGAGAUCAUUUGGUCUGCGGAGACCUGUUUUUCAAAAUGUAUGAUACAACCUUCUGCAAUGGCUGUAUGCCUGCUAUUAUAGACAAUGCUGUAGUUUGGAAUUAAAAAGGCUGUGUUUGUAGGUUGUAAAAACAUAAUUCUGUAGAGCAAUUUUUAGGAGAUUUAAAAUUAUCCCUAUUAAUAUUUUCUCUUUAUCUUAUGAAUAAAAAAAAUAGUAAAAUCUUUAUCUUUUGCCCCUGGUUUCUUGACUCUCAUUGUUUUCAGGUACAUGUACAUGUGUGCAGAUAGCUCUGGAUUUUGUACAGAUUACACACCAAAAAAAUCAACAAAUUCCCCCUAAAAGCUAUUUAAAGCUAUCAUAUAAAAACAGAGAAUUGUGACAGCUGUCUUGGUAUUACUCAGCCUUUCAGAUGCGAACUAUUUUGGGGCAUUCUAAAUCGAGAACUACUAUUUGUUUGAAGUUUGGAAGACGAUGUAAAUGUUCUCUUAGAAUGCCGUUACUCAGCCAUCGAGAUCACUUUAAGUGGCAUUCUAAAUUCAAAUGAUAUUUAUCUUUAUGCUGGUCUUGAUGCUUGCAUGCCAGUGAGUAUAAAUAAAUACUCUUUGAAUUUUGAUUUAACUCAGAACAUCUUCAAUCAACAUUGUUUUUUUCCUUAUCAUACUAUGCUUAUUCAAGUCUUGUUGCUAUUUUAAUGCCGAGAUAACAGGCUGUUAUUAUAUUAAAUCACCCUGAGCUACCAUUCCUAUAUUAUGCAGUAUGGUGCUUUUCUGAAUACCCUUUGUAGCUUGAUAGAAGAUUGUAUUCUGUGAGUAAAAUGAAGUAUCUGCAAGAUCAUCCUUUAUUCAUUUGUUUUCAGAGUGGAUAAAGAGCCGAUACGGUUAUGAUUCAUUUUUUGUUGUUGAUGUGCUGUUUAGCAUUAUUUUAAAUCUAUCAAUACGCAUUUAUGUUUUCAAACAGUUGCCAAAAUUAGUGUAUAGAAAUGUAGGAGAAACUACUUAAAUAAGCUUCAUAGUUUUGAUUUUAUUUCAUGGUUUCUGUCACUCCACUAUAUAGGAUUUGUUGUAUGUUUACAAACGAGGUAAAAAAACUAUUCAGGAAAGUUUAUUUUGUUUUCAUGCUAGGGAGAAAAGUGCAAUAUUUAUGUGCUUCGUUGUGCUUAACUGUAUGCUUGUAUUAUUUCAUUGGACAAGUGUCAGACUAAUGCUUCUUUAUUCUUGAUUAGUUCUGCUUGUUCUGAAAUUAUCAUAUCUGAAAAGAAGAUUACAACCAAGAAAACAAAAUAGAAUUCUUACAUGGUGUAAUGCUUGAAGGAGGGCCUGCAACCUUUCAUGCUUGAGUAUACAAUGUAUAUAUCUAUAUUUUGAAGGGGUAUUUUGCUUAUUUUGUUAAGAUAUUUUGCUGCAUUUAAUUAUAUGGGUGUUUAAAAGCUGAAGUACAUAUAAUGGAAAAUGUGAUUCUUCUGUAGGUAAGACAAUGAAAUUCAAUGUUUUUAUGUAAUAAGGGGGUAGUGGGGGGGGGGGGGUCUGAUAUUUCUUAUUAGGAAAUAAGGACGAACUUGGAAGUUGUUCUUUCAUGUAUCCAGAGUACUUUAUUAUCACCUCAGCUGUUUUGAGACAUAAUUCAAUUUUAUUAUGACUUCGUUUGUAGAGGGGAGAUAAAAAUGUAUGUCACAAUUGAAUUUCUAAGAGCGGAGUAAAGAUGAACAUGCAAUUAAUAUCAACCUUGAUUUUUUGACCAGAAAAUAUGUGGCAGAAGCUUUUAUUUUUUAUUUAAUUUUUUAGUAAUUGGUUAAAGAUGAAAGAUUUACCGGUUCAUCACAUUCACUCCUUCAGUUUGAGGACCCAUUAAAUGUUUCAUCAGAAUAAUUUGUUGAGCAUGCCCCAAAAUGAAUGAAGUGUUCUGUAAUUCCCAAAUGAUAAUGUCAUUCUGAAUUUCAGAUUUGGUCUCAAAACGGCCCUUUUGUGAGGCUAUUAAUUUUAUGGUAAUACAUAAAGAGAUUUGUGACAUAAUGAGUAUACAUAAGGAGAAUACAUUGAGCUUGUACUCUUGCGUUGAAGAAAUAUCUAUAUUGCCUCAUGGAUACAUUAUUUAUUAAAUGGUACUUGUAUAUUAAUACUCCUUUUGUGCUAAUACUAUUUGAAUGUUUGAGUUUACCAGUGAAUCUGUGGUCAAGUUAUUUUAUUUUUCAUGUCAAACUUUAGAUUAGAAAAACGGCUGUUUCUAAUGUACGAGAUUUAUUUAGUUUUGUGAUAUUUUUAUGGCUUUUGCCGUUGAUUAUUUUUGUUCUCUUCUUCAAUAUGAUUGAUUCUGAACUAGACAUGCAAUACCUGUGACUAUGUUUCAAUAAAUUACAAUAUGUAACAUGA